AUGGUGUGCAGCGGCUCUACAUCAAUGUCAAAGUCGUUCACACUGAACGUCAAUGUAAACUGUGAAUGGAGCUCAUGGUCAGAUUGUACAUCAUCAUGUAGUUUUGGAUCUCGCACUCGUACACGAGCACGUCUUAAGCAACACAAUGGAAUGUACUGUUUGGGGUUGCCAACUGAGAACUGUGACAGCAAACAACCACCAUGUGCACCAACAGCUGGGCAGUCACCAGGAUUUUCUUUUGAUGAGUCGUCAGUACAAGAGUUGAGUUGCUCAGCUUCACAGUAUUCUGGUCUGAGUGGAGACAUUACGUUUGGAUGGUACAGAGAAGAGAAUGGAGUUGAUUCAGCUAUUGUAUUAGACUCUCGAGUAACAAAUUCAACGAAUGAUGAUGGUGUGGGCAGAUUUACUGGGAAAUUGAAAUUUACGUCUGUCAAGCGUUCAGAUAGAGGAUUAAUCAAGUGCAGGGCUUUUAACAAGUAUGGUGCUAGUGAUAUGUCUUCAGCUACAUCAGUUAAUGUCAAAUAUGCUUCUGAAUUUGUUGAAAUUAGACCAUCCAAUCCAGUGGGAGUGAAAGGACAAAAUUAUGAAUGGAGAGGAGGCAAGAGUGCAACAGGAUCUACUCUGAAAUUAACAUCACUUGAAUUUAAGGAUGAAGGGACAUACACAUGUGUUGCUAAUAACACUAUUGAGGGUGGUACUAGGUCCACUAAUACAUCAGUACAGUUGACAAUUGAAGGUCCUCCACAGAGAUGUAUUGUGUUGUCAGUCAAAAGCUAUAAUGACUCUGAAGUGAAUUUCACAGUCAACUGUCCCGAAAAUGGAAACUCAAGUGUAACUGAAUAUCGUAUAGAAUAUCAGUUGGAUAGUGGCACCAGCAACAUGCAGUGGGAACAAAGAGAAUUUAGUGCUAGUCGUCCUCAAUCGUUUGUUGUUGUUGGUCUCAGUCCAUUUACAAAGUACAGAUUUAGAGCAACAGCAAGCAACAGGCAUGGCUACGAACCUGGAAGUUUGGCAGCUGUUAAUGUGGUAUCUGUGAUUACUGCUGAAGGCUAUCCUGGUUCUCCCAAUUUAGUGAGUGUUUUAGGAAAUGCUUCUGCUCGCUGUUUUGUUUUGACUUGGUCACCUCCCGGUACACCUAAUGGUGUUCCUCGCUAUUACUUUGUUUACUACAAACCAAUUGAUGUUCGUCAAGUGAGAGAUGUGGAUGAGUACAAGAGACUGAAUGUAACAGCCAAGUGGGCCAAUUUGACAAUGCUCACUCCAUUUACACAAUACAGUGUUGAGGUGGCAGCAGUGAACGUUCGGUCUCAUGAUGGUCAGGUGUUGGAAGGACAAAGAAGUACUGCCAUUGUUGCCAACACAGCAGAAGAUGCUCCUACAACAGCACCACGUGAUGUGACAUUUACUAUCGAUCCACCACAUACAGUUAAUGUGAGUUGGAGGGAACCCACCACACCAAAUGGAAUUGUUCGAUAUUACAUUGUUGAAUACAUGCUGGCAGACCGAAGUGGAACCAAAAUGGUCUUUAAUCGUGUAAAAGGGCUGAGCCAGGUGAUUGGCAACUUGAAAGAAUCAAAAUAUUAUGAUGUCACGGUUCAAGCCUACACCAUUGGAGUUGGACCAGCAGCAUCAAUAAGAGUAGCAGCACAUGCAAUAACACCAACUCCACCUCAGCAUGUGAGAAAUUCAAGUGUGACAUCAAAUUCAGUUUCUAUUCAGUGGGAUUCUCCUGUGAACUCAAACGGCAUCCUUCAUUUUUAUACAGUUUACUAUAGCACUGAUACUUUGCAAUAUGACACGUCACCUGUCAUUCCCAUUAGUCGAAAUACAUACACGUUGAUGAAUCUUAGUCCAUACACAACAUACUUCAUUUUCGUAUCAGUUACAAACGAUGCCAACUUUAACUCAGAAAGUUUGCCUAGCAACAUUAUUCAAGUGCAAACUCUUCGGUCUUUUCCACUUAAACCAGAUAAACCAUUAACUGGUAACACAAGACCAUCAGCAACAACUAUAACAUUGGUGCCUCCAAGUGUUGAUGAUUCCAAUGGUCCAAUAAAGUAUGUUGAUUUUAUUGUGCACGAGGAUGUGACAGGAUCUGAUGGUGAUGAGGCAGCUAAUAUACUACCCGAUAUUAAAGCAUAUGACAAGAGUAGCAUCUGGUAUUUGGCAGCUCGAUAUGAAUAUGAUUACUACAAGAAGAACAUAGGCGGACAUCAGUUUAUAAUUGGAAAUGGUUUAGUGGUGUCUGCUGGAGGUGUAGAGUACACAAAUGGACCACUACAGCCAGGACAGUCAUAUCUAGUUUAUAUUCGCGUCAUUGGAAUUGGAGAUGAUGGGGUAUGUACUGGUUAAUAUAUAUUGUAAUUGACUAAUUAGUUUGCAAUUUUUUGUGCAUAAUAGAUGCAGGAGUUCUCAUCAGUCAGUAAGGCUACAAGGUACACAACUGUGUCACCAUCUGGAGGAUCAUCAAAUUCUGUGUUGAUCAUUGCAGUUUCUGUUACACUAAGUGUCAUCAUUCUUGUGCUAAUCAUCAUACUUUUCGUUUCUCUGAG